AGGACUAGCUGAACGUAGGUCAAGUAACUGCUGCUGCUUCCCAGACUCAGCUGCUUCCUGGAAGACCUCAUCCAUCAUGCAUCCUACAGGCCUCUCCUGUGAGCUGCUGCUCUUCCUUCUCUGCCCUUGCCUCGUCAUGGGGGCUGCCUUCCAUUCAAUACAAUGUGCCCCGUGCACCGAAGAGAAGCUCGCUCUGUGCCCGCCAGUGCCUGCAGGCUGUCUAGAAACAGCUCAGCAGGCAGGCUGUAGCUGCUGCCGUGCUUGUGCCCUUCAGCUGGGGGAGCCUUGCGGAGUAUACACAGCACGCUGCGGCCAGGGGCUCAGCUGCCGUGUACGCCCAGAAGAAGCCAGGCCUCUUUAUGCCCUCACCCACGGGCAUGGCACCUGCGUCUCCACUGCCGACGUGACAGAGACUGCAGAUUCUGUUGAACCUGAAGACCUGCCCACCGAAGGCACUGAAAUGACAGCUGAUCAACUGAUCAACUAUCAGAUGACAUUUCCUAUUGGCCAAGACAAGUCUGCUGCUUGGAAUGUGAUCAGUGCCUAUGAAAGCAUGAAAGCAAAGAGAUUUACCGAACUUAAGAAAUGGAAGGAACAGGGUCCAUGUAAAAAAGAACUCUACCGGGCACUGGAUAAAUUAGCAAAAGCUCAACAGAGAACUGGAGGAGAGAUAUACCGGUUUUAUUUACCCAACUGUAAUAGAAAUGGAUUUUACCAUAGCAAGCAGUGUGAAAGUUCAUUUGAUGGAAGCCCUGCAAGGUGCUGGUGUGUCUAUCCAAAAAAUGGGAAGAGGAUUCCUGGAUCUCCUGAAAUGACAAGCAACCCUGAAUGUGAACAAUAUCUUGACUCACAAGAAUAAGACCAAACAUGCAACAGAAGUUGUGCAAGUAUAUACCAAAUAUUUUGCAAGUCAAGUACCCAAUUCCAGAGCCAAGGAAACCACCCGUCAACAGUUCUUUAAGCAUAUGACUGCUCAAACAGCCUGAUCCUAUUCAAGCAAGCACAUAUUAGGGAUGGAUGAAUCUGUCGAUUUUUGUUUCUGUCAAUUUCUCAUUUUUCCAGUCUUAAGCUUGAUUUGGCCUGAACUUCGAGAUUUUUUUUUAAUUUUUGUAUGACAAGUCAAAUAGUUUGUGUGAAAUAUUGCCCAAGAUACACUUUUUUUUGCAAACUAUUUCCCUAAUAUAAUGCAUUUUAAAACAUUAUUUCCCCUAAUUAUAUACAUUUUAAACACAUUUUUGAUUGGAGAACUCCAUUGUACAAUUUGGAGAAGUACAACUUUUGAAGGAUAACUAAGUUUUGGUUCACAUAGUGGUUCAAAAGAGUAAAAUUAAGUAGGUCUGCAUUAAAAUGCAAACUGAAUGAGAUUCAUUAGAAGCCUUCAUACCUUCUAAUGUAUAUGUAACUAUAGCAAAAUGAGCUGCUUUCAUAGUCUACCCAGUAUUGCCUGGUUCAAAAGACUGCUGAAUUAUUUAUAUUAUAUGGUUUUUUAUUUUAUUUGUCUGUGUUUUUAACUUAUAUAUCCAUAUUCUUCAACAUUUCAAAACUAUAUAUGUAAAUAUUUUAAUACUGUUUCUCUGAAAACAUGCACUUUUCUAUUUUCUAAAAGCACAGUAUAUCAGUUAACCAAACACAAAAAGUAUGGGGAAAAAUACUUGUAAACGAUGAAUUUUGUAUCAUGUAUUUAUAAUAUUUGGAAACUUAGUGUAGAAAUGAGUAUGAAACAGAACACAGUUCAAGUAUUUAUUUAAAAGCCUUUUUCAUUUGUAUAUCUUGUUAGUUUUGCACCUCCACUACACUGUAAUUUCUGUGUCAAGGUGUUGUAAAUCUUGAUAACGUCGUGGAAAAAGGAGACUUUCACACAUAUGCACUGCCUUUAUAUUGUAAAAAUAAAUAAUAGACUAUAAUGGACAACAUUUAAUGGGUGUAAAUUUUUGUAAGUUGACCAUGUCAUGUUAUUUAAAAUGAAAUAUUAAACCAUUUUCUUUGGACACUA